GCCGGAAAUACCUAUUGAGAAAGGGCUAAGGGACAUCCUGCUGCUUGAAGGUCCUGGCGAAUCUUGUUCUACGGACUCCGGUGAAAAAUUGGGAGGGUACUCAUCUGCUAAUUGUCAAGUUUUCGGGGCAGUGGGAAACAAGAGUUGGGAUAUGGACAGCCGCUUGCAGGAGAUCCGGGAGCGGCAGAAGUUACGGCGGCAGCUCCUGGCGCAGCAGUUGGGAGCUGAAAGUGCUGACAGCAUUGGUGCUGUGUUAAAUAGCAAAGAUGAGCAGAGAGAAAUUGCUGAAACAAGAGAAACUUGCAGGGCUUCCUAUGAUACCUCUGCUCCAAAUGCAAAACGGAAGUAUCAGGACGAAGGGGAGACGGACGAAGACAAGAUGGAAGAAUAUAAGGAUGAAUUAGAAAUGCAGCAGGAAGAAGAGAAUUUGCCAUAUGAAGAAGAGAUUUAUAAAGAUUCUAGUACUUUUCUGAAGGGAACGCAGAGUUUAAAUCCCCAUAAUGAUUACUGCCAACAUUUUGUAGACACUGGACAUAGACCUCAGAAUUUCAUCAGGGAUGUAGGUUUGGCUGACAGAUUUGAAGAAUACCCUAAACUGAGGGAGCUCAUCAGGCUCAAGGAUGAGUUAAUAGCUAAAUCUAACACUCCUCCUAUGUACUUACAAGCAGAUAUAGAAGCCUUUGACAUCAGAGAACUGACACCUAAAUUUGAUGUGAUUCUUCUGGAACCCCCUUUAGAAGAAUAUUACAGAGAAACUGGCAUCACUGCUAAUGAAAAAUGCUGGACUUGGGAUGAUAUUAUGAAGUUAGAAAUUGAUGAGAUUGCAGCUCCACGAUCAUUUAUUUUUCUCUGGUGUGGUUCUGGGGAGGGAUUGGACCUUGGAAGAGUGUGUUUACGCAAAUGGGGUUACAGAAGAUGUGAAGAUAUUUGUUGGAUUAAAACCAAUAAAAACAAUCCUGGAAAGACUAAGACUUUAGAUCCAAAGGCUGUCUUCCAGAGAACAAAGGAACACUGCCUUAUGGGGAUCAAAGGAACUGUUAAGCGUAGCACAGAUGGGGACUUCAUCCAUGCUAAUGUUGACAUUGACUUAAUUAUCACAGAAGAACCUGAAAUUGGCAAUAUAGAAAAGCCUGUAGAAAUUUUUCAUAUUAUUGAACAUUUUUGUCUUGGUAGAAGACGCCUUCAUCUAUUUGGAAGAGAUAGUACAAUUCGACCAGGCUGGCUUACAGUUGGACCGACUCUUACAAAUAGCAACUAUAAUGCAGAAACAUAUGCAUCCUACUUUAGUGCUCCUAAUUCCUACUUGACUGGAUGUACAGAAGAAAUUGAGAGACUUCGACCAAAAUCACCUCCUCCCAAGUCUAAAUCUGAUCGGGGAGGUGGAGCUCCCAGGGGUGGAGGAAGGGGUGGAACUUCUGCUGGCCGUGGUCGAGAAAGAAACCGAUCUAACUUCCGAGGAGAAAGAGGUGGCUUUCGCGGGGGCCGCGGAGGAGCACACAGAGGUGGCUUUCCACCUCGGUAACUUUGUUAAGACACUGGUCUAUUAAUACCCCUCCACCUUCUUUACUGUAGUUUGAGUUCUCAUUGGGAGACUUAGUGUAGUACUCACUUCCACCUGGCACUCUGCUAUAGUUUCUCUAAGCUGCAGGAACACCUUAGCCAAUCUCCCGUGCAGUUGUCACACACACUGUUGUGUGUCACACACACUGUUGUCCAGGAUCAACAUCAUCCUGCCUUUGGUCGUGUGCAUGUAAUUGAACAAUGCAACAAAUACCUUCCUUUCAGAGACCAGUUUAUUCUGAUAGAUUCCAAGUAAUUGCAAAAGCUUUUGCUUUUUAGAAGUAGUUUAAGUGAACAGUGAAAAAGAGCCAUCUGUAGUAUCACACCAGUGCCAAGACAGAUGAUAGUAGCCAUCCUGCCACUGCUGUCACAGCAAAUGGAAAGCUCUUUGGGAGCUUUGAUGGAAUGGAUUUGGGACAGAUGGUUAACUUCUGUCAGGGUUUUAACAUUUUCUUGAUGAAACAAUAAAAAGAAACUUUUUUUUUCUUUUUUAAGAAUCGUGAACUCCUACGAUUUGACUGCUACUCAGACAUUGAGAGACUCUGAACAAAAUCACCUCCUCCCAAAUCUAAAUCUGCUGGGGGAGGUUGGUGCGCCCAGCGGUGGGCAGAGGGAAAGGUAGAAUGGAGUAGGCAGACAAAAAAAAAGAGAAAAAGCUCAUUAUAAUUUCAGUUGCAUUGCUACAGAUGGCUGUUAAUCACACUUCUUAAGCAAAGAAGGACAACUCUCCAGGUGUUAGAACUUUGGUGUAGACUUGAACUUGGAUUGACCUUGAAAGCAGCUUCAUAUCCCUUAGAAGAAUAAAGAAAAUGGAGGCAACAACAGAGAGACCUGGUUAUCAGGUGUUUUGGGGAAUAAAGUAAUUGGUGAUGAGGAAAUAACAUCUUUAAAAUUGUUAUGGAGAAAACUUAAUAUAAAAACUAAUUACAGAAAACCCUUAAGACACCUUAGAAAAUGGAACUGUAGUUGCCUUUUAUUAAAACCAUAUGGUGUGUUGUUUUUAAGAGACUGGUUUUGCAGAUCAGUUGGUUGUAUACAACUAUGCUGUCAUUUCUCUUUCUGUACUGUAACUCAUGUUUUAAAUGAAUUUGAUGAAUGAAAUAAUACCAUUAUUCUUGAAAAAUAUAUUUUUUAUUCUGUGUAUAAUUUUUCUAAUGAAACUUUAAACCUUUGAAAUGUGGUAGUAUGUUUUCUGUAAGUGGAAUUGCCUUUGUUACCAAAUGAAUAAGGACUGACCUAA